CAUAAUACUAGAAAAGUCAAAGGUACGUCAGUAGUCAGUACGCGUUGUUGUUGUUGUUGUUGCUGUCGUCCUUGUCUCCGUGAUCGUAUUAUAGCCAAAAGUAGACAUUGUCGUAGUUGUUUUAGUGGCGUUUCGCGUCGACGUCGGUGGGUAGCUGAUGCGUAUGGCCGCCCCACUUGUCUCGUCCGAUGUCGAUAACAAUUAUUACUGUUGACGUCGUUCUAUUGCGUCGUCGUCGCCACCGCCGAUGGACAGACCGUCCACGAUUGUCCCGGCGGUACCCGACGCGACUCCGGCUGCAGCCCCAGCCCCGGGAGGGUCGAGCAAGGGGUUCGGAGUCCCGGGAUGCCGAAAGACCAGCCAGAAGUGGUGUUGUGGCACCGAACAGUGUCCGAUGUGCCAUAGAUUCCGCAAGUUGUUCCACUGCAAGACCUGCGUUGGGAACGGUGACUUUGGACACUCAUCGGCCUUCGACAAGGGCAGGUUUUUCAAAAAACAAAUGAAAUUUCAAAGUAUUGUCUAUAGUUCUAAUUUGUUCAAAAAUGAGUGUGCUAAAAUGUUUUCAAAAAGACAGUGUACUACUUUGAAGAAAACAGAAACUUCAAUAUUACAAGAAAAAAUUAGAUUAUUGAAACUUGCUUUAUCGGACAAAAACAAAAUAUUAACAGAUAAAAAAAAUCAACUAAAAAAAAUAAAAUUAGAAAUAGAUAAUCAAAAAUCAAGAGUUGAUCGAUAUGGAAACCGUGUGGUGCGAUUAGAAGAUUUUACCAAAGGUCAAUCAUCCGUUUUAAAUGAUAAAAAUAAUGAACUAUUUGCAGUUAGACCCAAUUUAAAGAAUAUUAUUAAAACACGUAUUAAUCAGCUUGUUACUCACAUAUUCUCAUUGAACGAAGUACAUCCAACUAUUUUACAGAAUGAAGAAGUGGAUGUUAAUAAUAGUUUAAGUCAUGCAUUAGCAGAAGCUUCGAAACUUACAUAUGUAUGCGGCCAAUGGGUAGAUACUUGUGAAGAAUGGUCAAGACAAACAGAACUUGGAUACCGCAUCGUUGCACCUACUCUACCAGCAAAUGGAGACUACUCUGCAUAUAAUGAAUGGGUUUCAGAUAAGAAUAGGGAUUAUGCAUUUCAUCAAACUUUUAUUGAACCAAAUCCUGCGUGUACAAUAAGCGCUGCUCUUACAUAUACCUCGCAAUUAGUAAAGCAAAUUUCUUUUUUUAUAGACGUUUUUUUACCUAGGCGUCCAAAUUUUAGGUACUGUAAUCGUGAAUUUUGUGGCAAUGAGCUGAACGAAACAAAAUUUGCAAAAUAUGUUACCCACUUGAAUGCUAACAUUCUUUAUUUGUGCUUUUCACAAAAUGUUGACCCUAAAUUACUACAUCCUGAUCAUACACUAAAAAAUUUGCUGCAACUAUUGGAUACAUCUGUUAGUGAUCUAGGAAGGGUGGAUCCACCAGACAUUGAUAGUAAACUAUGCAUUGCGUUUGAAGAUAAGAUAACUUUUCAAUUAUUUUCAUGUACUGGCGACUCAGACUCUGAAGAAGACAAUUAUUAUGAAUGGGAAGCUGUACCAAACGUGGAAUACCCUGCAGAUCAUAAUCAAUUGUCUUCACAGUCUACUAGUAGUGUUGUUAGAGCAGGACUUGUGGCGAGUACAGCAGCCAGUUUAGCGUCAAUGUGGCGUGGUUGGACUAAAUAAUAAGUAAUAAAUUCUAAUUGAUGUUUUCUUCUUUAUUGUAUUAAUUGAAAA